CUCGCUCCGCAGCUAUGGAGCGCUCAGCCGGUUUCUUCCUUUGCUUCAUAGCAGCCAUCGCUGUCUCCUCCAGGGCGCAGGACUUGGUGAAUGAAGAUGUCAAGCGCACAGUGGAUCUGAGCAGCCAUUUAGCUAAAGUGACGGCGGAGGUUACCAUUUCCAACCCGGGACCGGGCGCCGUUCAUUCCUUUCUCCUGGCUCUGGAGCCGGAGCUGGGCAGCCGUCUGGCCUACCUUGGGGUGAAAGGGGAGGAUGAAGAAGAUGGAGCCCUUGAAAUACAAGAGACAAAAGUGAAAGGCAAAAGUGGAAUGCAAUACACAGUGCGUUUUGGAUCCUCUCUUGCCCCCGGAGCCAAAACCAAAGUGACUGUUGAGACCGUCUUUACACACGUGCUUCAGCCCUAUCCCACCCAGAUAACACAGGCUGAGAAGCAGUUUGUCACUUUUGAAGGGAACCAUUAUUUCUUCUCACCUUACCCAACCAAGUCCCAGACCACACGCGUCAAGCUCGCCUCUAGGAAUGUGGAGACUUACACCAAGCUUGGAAACCCUACCAGAUCCGAGGACCUCAUAGAAUAUGGUCCAUUUAAGGAUAUUGCACCUUGGAGCCAGGACCUCUUAAAAGUUCACUAUGAGAACAACAGCCCUUUCCUAACAAUCACUAGCAUGACACGUUUGAUUGAGGUCUCCCACUGGGGUAACAUUGCUGUGGAAGAGACGGUUGACUUGAAACACACCGGCGCAUAUCUGAAAGGGCCCUUUUCUAGAUAUGAUUACCAGCGCCAGCCAGACAGUGGCAUUUCAUCGGUCAAAUCCUUUAAGACUAUACUUCCUGCUGCUGCCCAAGAUGUUUAUUACAGGGAUGAGAUUGGGAACAUUUCUACAAGCCAUUUGUUAAUCCUCGAUGACUCUGUGGAGAUGGAGAUCCGUCCCAGGUUCCCACUUUUUGGUGGAUGGAAAACCCAUUAUAUUAUUGGAUAUAACCUUCCAAGUUAUGAGUAUCUUUACAAUCUUGGUGACCAGUAUGCCUUGAAGAUGAGGUUUAUUGAUCAUGUGUUUGAUGACCAAGUUGUGGAUUCACUAACUGUUAAGAUAGUCUUGCCAGAAGGUGCCAAAAACGUCCAUGUGGAUAACCCCUAUGAUAUAAACCGUGCCCCUGAUGAGCUGCACUACACUUACCUGGACACAUUUGGCCGAACAGUCAUUGUAGCUCAUAAGAACAAUCUGGUUGAGCAGCAUAUACAAGACAUUGUGGUUCAUUACUCCUUCAACAAGAUCCUAAUGUUGCAGGAACCACUGCUGGUUGUGGGAGCAUUCUACAUCUUGUUUUUCACUGUCAUUCUCUAUGUGAGGCUGGAUUUCUCCAUCACGAAGGAUCCAGCAGCAGAGGCCAGGAUGAAAGCUGCCUGCAUCACUGAGCAGAUUCUCACUCUUGUAAAUAAGAGACUUGGCCUGUACCGUCACUUUGAUGAAGCUGUCAAUAAGUAUAAGCUGUCUCGGGAUAUAGCCACCUUAAACAGCGGCAAGAAGACACUAGAGACCGAACACAAGAACCUGACCAAUGAAAUUGCUUCAUUACAGUCCAAACUUAAAGCUGAAGGCUCUGAUCUGUGUGAUAAGGUGGCAGAAAUUCAGAAGCUGGACUCCCAGGUGAAGGAGAUUGUGUUGAAAUCCUCCUCUGAAGCCGAACGUCUGGUUUCUGGGAAACUGAAAAAGGAAACUUACAUUGAGAACGAGAAGCAGCACUCAAGCCGGAGGCAGGAGCUGGUCAACAAAAUAGACAACAUUCUUGUUGGCUUGUAACUGUUCCAUAUCCAUUAGCAGCUUUUGAGAUUACGGCGCAACUGUGUAUUUUGCACAAUGAGCCUAAACAAUGCUCUUACGAUUUUUUUUUUUUUUUUAUUCAAUGGUUACAGUUUGUCCUCCCUGAGGAUCCAUGGGCCUUGCUGAACUGGUUCUGACUAUCCGUGCAACAUCACAUUUAGUCCUGAGCAUCUCUAGCUGCUGCUGAAUUUCAGUCACCAUCAGUUUGCAACAGCUGUAACCUUGGGUUUGCACUGAUUUUAUUAUUCCUUGUUCAGUGUUUGUUGGUACCACAAACACAGCACUGGUUCUUAACACCAAGCCCAUCAGAAUAAAAGAUCAGUAUACCCCAUGUGCAUUAUGAUGGUCACACCAGCUGUUGGCUUUUACUGAAUUCCGGGGAGAGGGGGGUUGAUAGCCACAAAUUGGGAUUUGGUGGUCUCUAACAGAUUGUCAUUAAAGGGACAAAAAAUAAGAUUAAAAGUGGGCUUGUGCCUGAAAAUUCUUUCACAAAUUAAAAUCUAUUUUCUUUUUUUUUUUUAUGUUUGGUAAGGUAAGGGGGUAUUCACAGGUUUGUGCUGGAAACAUUGAAAGCCACUUGAAUUCAGUUGGAAUCCCACACAGCAUGUCCCUCACACUAUGCUUUGUAUACGGAAGCUCAGAGGCAAGGCGUUUUCUUACUUUUCAAGUUAACUCUACUGCCAUGUUUUUACAUUUGUACACGUGUAUGCCUGUUUAGAAUAUGUUUCCUGUACUAUGCUACGCCCACUUUGUUUUUGCUUGUGUGGCCAGAGGAUAGUAAAGAAAAACAAAAAGGGACUGCC